GGAAAAAUGCACAGGUGUGUUCCCUGAACUCAUAGCUGAGUUCCUGUUGACCGCAGAAGGCAGUUGAUACAUUUUUAGCGAUAAUUAUGGUCAGAAAAUACAUAAUACCAGCAGUUUUAUUUUAUUGCUAUAUUUCUGGGACUGUAAGCGCAGAUUUCAGUGGGUUCACAUCAACACUGUCCAGGUACUCAGUUGUUAAACCUGAGGUGAUUCACAGGUGGACCAGGAGCCUCUACAGACAGCCAGAAUCAGAAAAGUAUGAAGACAGAGUAUCGUACGUGCUCGACAUCAACAACAAAAGGCACCUUCUUCAUCUAGAAAAAAACAGAGACUUCUUACACCCAAAUUUUAUCCAGUAUUCACUUGACGCCACUGGUAACUACAGCUCUUUAUAUCCAAAGCAACAUGUGCACUGCUAUUACCAUGGAAAGGUGGGCGGAUAUGAAAAUUCAAUGGUUGCUCUCAGCACGUGCUCGGGCCUCAGAGGUGUCAUCUUUCUUGGGAACCAAACAUAUGGACUUGAACCUGUGACCCACUCUGCCAGUAAUGAGCACCUCCUGUACCUCCUGGAGGACUCUCAGACUGAGCCGGUCAGCUGCGGCGUCGUCGGUGAGGCUGCAUCCACGCCAAGACAUGAACCCUUUGAGCCCAGCGAGUCUUUGACCUCUCUGAGGCAUAAACGCGCGUUACCUCAAACCAGUUAUGUGGAGUUGGCAGUAAUCGUCGAUAAUCUCAGGUAUCAGUAUAAGAAGAAAGAUGAGGCCGCGGUGCGAGCAGAGGUGGUGGAAUUGGCAAAUCUAAUGGAUGGGUAUUACAAGCCGCUGAACAUCCGUAUUGUGCUGGUGGGCCUGGAAAUCUUUAAGGACAGCAAUCCCUUUCCUGUGGAUGGCACUGCAGGAGAGGUGCUGGGGGCGUUCGCUCAGUGGAGAAAGUCCAGCCUGUUACCAAGAGUCAGAAAUGACAUUGGUCAACUCAUUGUCGGUCGGGCCAAUACGUAUGCGGGUGGCGUAUUGGGUAUGGCGUACGUGGGCGCGGUCUGCUCUGCUGCUACUUCUGCAGGAAUUAAUGUGUUCAGUAAUGACAACUUGGCUUUUUUCUCCACUGUGAUGGCUCAUGAGAUGGGCCAUAACCUGGGCAUGAAUCAUGAUGUCAGUACCUGCACUGACGGAAAAUCCUGCAUCAUGUCAGCAGGUGCUAGCGGUGCCGCCACGUUCAGCAGGUGCAGUGAGCAAGACUUUGAGACGCUAAUUUUUCGUGGAGGAGGGGUUUGUCUGAGAAAUCUACCCUCUCCAUCAAACGUGAUUGGUACCCCAGUUUGUGGCAACGGCCGUCUGGAUAUAGGAGAAGAAUGUGAUUGUGGCACACCACAGGAAUGCAAAAACGAGUGCUGCGAUGCUGCUACCUGUAAACUUACACGUGGCUCCUAUUGUGCUCAUGGAGUCUGCUGUGAAAAGUGCCAGAUCAAAGUGGCUGGAACGCCGUGCAGAACAUCAGCUGACGCCUGUGACCUUGCUGAGUAUUGUAAUGGUAAAAGUGAAUUUUGUCCCGACGACUUCUACAUCAUGGAUGGACUGCCCUGUCAAGGAAAUUCUGCGUACUGCUAUGAAGGCCGCUGCCAGACAUAUGAUUACCAGUGCAAGCGUCUGUUUGGAACAAAUUCUGCAACAAAGGCAGCAGAUAUUUGCUUUCAGUAUGAAAAUUUAAAAGGAAAUGUGUUUGGAAAUUGUGGAAUCACAAGCAAUGGAAAUUACAUCAAAUGUAAACUGGAUAAUGCGAUGUGUGGAAAGCUGCAGUGCAAUGUGGAUGUUUCUAACCAGCCGACUGGUGCCCAAAUCAGUAUUGAAAUAGUCCAAGGAUCACGCUGUGUUAACGCCGACUUCAACCUUGGCACAGAUGUGCUCGAUCCAGGCUACAUUAAACCUGGCAGUCCUUGUGAUAAAGGAAAGACCUGUUGGGAGUUCCAGUGUGUAAAUGCUUCAGUUCUACUGCCCAACGUCACUUGUGAUGCCAUCAGCACCUGCAAUGGACGAGGAGUUUGUAACAAUCUUGGUCACUGUCACUGCAACGACGGUUGGCGCCCACCUUACUGCGAUAGAUCAGGAUCAGGUGGCAGCAUUGACAGCGGCCCUUCUCAAAUAGACUACUCCCUCAGGAACGGCCUGUUGAUCUUCUUCUUGUUGGUGAAUCCUGUUCUCGUGGCUCUUAUUCUGGUGCUCCUCUACAUGUUCAAAAGGGAUUCUUUGGAUGUUUGCCUAAAGCCAAUAAAGAAACAACGUAAUUCAAGUGAUACAAAUGGCGGUGCUCAGACAAAUACCACAUUAGAGACUCCUCCACAGGUUCUUCCUGACAAGCCUCCAGGUCCACCAGUUACUGCAGUUCCAAUUUCAGGUUUCAGGUAUGGCGAACUGGACUAUUGGAAUCUAGAAGAAAAAGACCCCCCUGCUAGACCACCACGUCCUGUUCAGGGCCCGGGUGUUCCGAAACCAAUCCCUUCAAAUCAAGUGCGGACUUGAUGUUCGUUUUUUUUAUAGUCCUUGAGCAUUUAAAUGUGUGUACCUGGUUUUUGUUACAUUCUAAGGAUAUUUUCUAGUAUGAUCACCCACCUUGUCAAGACCAUUAGUCCCAAUGGAGACCAAAACCUGGUCCUAAUACAAUGGAAAGUUAUUUUUUGUAUUAGGGGUUAGGUUUAAGGCUGAAGUGAGGGUACGGGCGUGUGGGUUUGUGUGAGUAUAAGACAAGAGACUCUUCUAAAACACAGACUAUGACACUCACUGUAACUAAGCACUGUAGUGUGGGAUGUAGUUUUAUGGUGGCGGUUAAUAUUUAUCAGAAUAUGGGUUUUAUUUGAUCCUUUCGUUUCACUUGUUGAAAAUGUCUACACAAACUACAAAAUUUAACAUACAGCAUUUAAUGUUUUUAUGCCAUUUUUCUAAGUAUUUUAGAACAUUUUUUCGUUGUGAGUGAUAUUGUAUUAUUGUCAUAUCAAUUAUAAUAAAAUUGUUGGUUUUAAUGUACAAGACACAAUUUGUCAGCUUCGCCCAUAUGGUCAAAUUUGAAGCAGGAAUGGGCACAAAUAAAGAUAAUGUUUUUGAAAC